AUGGGAUUUGACCCUCAAAAUGUGAGCUUUGUGAAGGCCAUUCCCGCAUUAUCUGGGAAAGAGACGACAUGGAAACGAUGCCAAGAGGUUUAUAAGAGGUGGGGUUGGUCGGAGAAUCAUAUAGGUUCUGCUUUCAGGCUGUCUCCACAGUGUGUGGUUAUGUCGGAGAAGAAACUAAUCGGAAUAAUGGAGUUCUUAGUGAACAAGAUGGGGUGGCAGUCGCAAACAAUUGCGAAAUAUCCCCAUGUUUUGACUUACAGCUUGCAGAAGAGAAUCAUCACGAGGUUUUCAGUUGUUCGAGUUUUGUUUUUGAAAGGAUUGAUAGAAGAGGAGAUCGUGAGUUUGGCUAAUGUGAUUUCGAGGUCGGAGGAGUCCUUCUUGGAUAGGUUUGUGAACAGAUAUCUCAGACAAGUACCUCAGUUGUUGGAUGUGUACCGUGGAAAAGUGGAUAUCCAGGAUGUGUUGUAA